CUCCCACCGUGCACCGCGGCUGUCUCCGCCUCUUCCGCUUUGCUUGCUCGUGUGUGGAGUGUCUGUAGCCGGGGCAAGAGAAAGGAGCCAUGAGGCUGUCGGCCGUCCUCGCCUUGGCCGAGAAGUUCAAGCCGUGGCCCGGCUACCGCUAUGGCAUGAACCGGCCCGGAUCCUUCGCUGACAAGCUCAAGAACCCCCCUGGGACCUGGCGGAAGAAGAUCUUUGUGGAGCCUCUGAAGGAGGAGGACUGGAAGGUGUUCAAGGGCGACAUGGUCCAGAUCUUGAAAGGGAAGGACAGCGGCAAGCAAGGCCAGGUGGUGCAGAUCAUCAAGGAGCGGAACUGGGUCGUCCUGCAGGGCCUGAACCUGCAUUACCGCUACCUGGGGAAGACCAGCACCCAACCGGGGACCUACGUGACCAGCGAAGCCCCGCUGUUGCUGCGAGAGGUGGCCCUCAUUGAUCCCACAGACAGAAAGCCCACAGAAGUAGAAUGGCGCUACACAGAAGAAGGGGAGCGAGUGCGAGUCUCUCUCAGGACCGGCCGGAUCAUCCCCAAACCGGUGGAACAACGGGAGGACGGCAUUAUCCCAGAGCAAUGGAAAGACGGCCCCAAGGACACAUCGGUGGAGGAUGCCUUGGAGAACACCUACACCCCGUCCUUGAAGACAUUCCAAGAGGAAAUCAUGGAGAUGAAGGGGAUCGUGGAGACGCGGCGCUUCCGGAAGUCCUAUUGGUAUUAGCGCUGCUCUUCUGCCCUCCACGGCUGGGACCGUGAAAGGAAGGCUUUACUCCCGCCACACUUUGGACCUUGAGGCUCUCCUCCUUCAGCCAGGAUUUUUCCUCCUCUGAGUCUGUUUCCCAGGGUGGAAAUUAUACCAGGACUCUGCCGCC